AGCUUCUUGUUUAAAUUCCUGUCAAACCCUAAGCUGCUAACUUGCUACUCGGCCAUAUCUUUCUCCAGCAGCGACCUCCUCACGUUGGCGUUCUCUGACGGAAUCAAAUGGGGAUAGAUCUGAAAGCGGGAGGUAAGAGCAAGAAGACGAAGCGCACAGCGCCUAAGUCUGACGAUGUUUACUUGAAACUCCUUGUCAAGCUUUACCGAUUUUUGGUGCGGAGGACCGGAAGCAAGUUCAAUGCUGUGAUUCUUAAGCGGCUAUUUAUGAGCAAGACCAACAAACCACCCCUUUCCCUUUCGAGGUUGAUAUCUUAUGCCAAAGGAAAGGAGGAUAAGAUUGCUGUCAUUGUCGGUACCAUCACGGAUGACGUUAGGGCUUAUGAUGUUCCGACACUGAAGGUGUGUGCUUUAAAGUUCACAAAAACUGCAAGGGCAAGGAUUGAGAAGGCCGGUGGAGAGUGUUUGACAUUUGAUCAGCUUGCUCUUAGGGCCCCACUUGGUCAGAACACGCUUCUCCUCAGAGGUCCUAAGAAUGCUCGUGAAGCAGUGAAGCACUUUGGUCCAGCACCUGGUGUUCCACACAGCCACACCAAACCAUAUGUGCGUUCAAAGGGAAGAAAGUUUGAGAGGGCACGUGGAAGAAGAAAGAGCAGGGGUUACAAAGUUUAAGUUGAUUUUCAUUUGUACUUUCAGGUUGGCUUAAGCAAUUAUUGCAGCAAUAGAGAUUUUGAAGAUUACUAUCCAGUUUUGGAAUUUGCUUGUGUUUACUUAUUUUUUUAGGAUAUUUUAAUUCUAUGAACAUCCAAUUUUGCUUCAAGUUGGAUUUAGGGUGUGAUUUGAGAAUCGAACUUAACUGCUUUUGGUUAAUGCACAGUCUGAUUUGAGUUGUCGUG